AUGCCUGCAGACCAAGCAACAGAUGAUAUCCUCGUCAUUGGGAUUGACUUUGGCACUACAUUCUCGGGUGUUGCCUGGGCAUAUUCGGGACAACCAGACGAGAUCGAACAGAUCACCAACUGGGAUACGGAAUUCAACCACUGCUCGGACAAGGAGAAGACUCCCACCUCGAUUCUCUAUGGAGACGAAGACGAAGCCACAAUGUGGGGUUAUUCCAUACCACCCAACAAGGACGCACUCAAGUGGUUCAAACUGUUACUUCUGGACGACAAGGACAUCUCCAAGGAUGUCAGUGCUUCAUCUCAACUUCACGAAGCUCGACGACUCAGAGAUGUGGCCAACAAAGACCCGGCCGAAAUCAUUAGUUGCUUUCUUCGAAACCUCUGGAAUCAUUCCAUGGACAGCAUCAGGCGUUCUAUCGGAGCCGGCUUGCUCCAAAAUAGCAAAUUCCAUGUGGUAGUCACCAUGCCAGCUAUUUGGCCGCACUAUGCACAACAAAGAAUGAAGCGAGCGGUUAAUCUCUCUGGAGAUACUAUUGUUGUUUGUGACGCCGGUGGUGGAACAGUUGAUCUUAUCAGCUAUAUUAUUGAGUCAGUUGAUCCUUUCGUGGUCAAAGAGUGUGUCAAAGGCGACGGGGGUUUAUGUGGCGGUGUGUUCCUCGACGAAGAAUUCGUCAAAUUGAUCAAGCGCAAAAUGACUGCAGUUGCAUGGAACAGAGUUGAGAAAGCUGAACAAAGGAAGGUCUUGAAUGAUUCAUGGGAGCAUGGCAUCAAGCCACAAUUCGAAAACCAGUCAAGAACUUGGCUAUUUGACCUCCCAGAAGGUUGUGGUGUGAAGUCGGGACGCUUAAAGCGGCGCCGAACGAUAGACUUGAGCUCAGAAGAGAUCUUGUCCGUUUUCUCACCGGUGGUCAAGAAGAUACUAAAGCUAGUUGAGGACCAAGUUCAAGCCGUCGUCAAAAAGUACUCAACCUAUCCGAAGUACAUUAUCCUUGUUGGUGGGUUUGGACGCAGUCGGUACCUCUUCAAUCGACUGCAGGCUGAGUACAGAUCCGACGUUCUCCAAGGUGCAGGAAACAAGCCAUGGACCGCAAUUUGCCGUGGUGCCGUCGUUCAUGGUCUCAUGAACAUGGGUCUCUCGCCGAACCUUCACGUUGCCGUUGGAGCCAGAAUUGCUCGUAUCAGCUACGGGAUCGAACAUGACACUGCCUGGAUUGAAGGAAAGCAUCAGGAAUGUGAUAAACGGUGGAAUGAACCACAACGGAGAUACCAAGCAACGAAUCAAAUGCAUUGGUUCCUGGUCAAGGGUGCCGACAUGAACAGCAAGAAACCGGUUACUCAAAGCUACUUCAAGCUUCUUGACAAGCCUGUUUCCAGCGUUAGCGAGGAGAUAUGGUUUUCGUCAACCUCGCCGCCUCCAUCAACAAAAGACUCUACGGUUCACAGAAUGUGCCAGAUGGCAUGGAACCAAAAAGUUUCAUUCGAGUCGCUCCCAACAUGGACCAACAGUAUUGGAAAAGUCUAUCAUAGACUCAAUUUCGACAUCAAAAUGGCUUGUGAAGACGGCACAGUCGAAUUCAUGAUCUACUAUCAAGGAAAACGAGUGGGCGGACAGCACGUGGAGGUCGAGUUUGAUUGA